AUGGCUACACCAGCAAUCCUCCCAAUGUCCAAUCCCCAACCCCCCAGCACAACCACCACCACCACCACCACCACCCAAAUCACCCCAACCCCAGCAUUCCGUUCAUUCAUCAACCACAUCUCCACCACCAUCCAAACCGGUUUCACCAACCGCAAACCCUGGUCCGAACUCCUCGACCGUUCCGCAUUUUCCAAACCCGAAUCCAUCUCUGAUGCCUCUCUUCGUAUCCGCAGAAACUACUCAUACUUCCGUGUCAAUUACCUCUCUAUCCUUACCCUUAUCCUCGCUUUUUCCCUAAUUACAAACCCAUUUUCCCUUCUUACCCUUACAGCUCUUCUUGCUGCUUGGGUUUUUCUUUACCUUUUUCGUCCUUCUGAUACGCCUUUGGUUGUUUUCGGGAGGGAAUUUUCUGAAAGGGAGACGUUGGGUGUGCUUUUUGUGUCGACUGUUGUUGUGAUUUUCUUGACGUCUGUUGGUGCUGUGCUUGUUUCUGCGCUUAUGGUUGGUGUUGGGGUUGUGUGUUUGCAUGCUGCUUUUAGGACACCUGAAGAUCUUUUCCUUGAUGAUCAGGAGUCUCCUGCAACUGGGUUUUUAUCUUUCUUGAGCGGCGGUGGGCCCGCCAAUACCUCUGUUGCUGUCGCACCCCCUGUUGCUGCUAGGGUUUGAGCGUAAUGGAUAUGCAA